GCUGGGACAUUAUACAGGAACGCUAUGAAGGGAUCUGGGUGAUGACUGUAUCAUGUUCUUAGGUUCCCACAUGACUCCUCCAACCGUCUUCAUUUACAGUAUUUGUUUCACAGAUUUUGGAUCCAGAUAAAGAUCUGAAAAUGAUUAAGGCUACAGAGACAUAUGUGAAGGAUGAUGAGCAGAGUAUAGAGGACAUUCCUACAGAUAACCGCCCAGAUGACUGUACCAGGAGCUCAGAGAGACAUCUGAUAUCUUCUGAUUUUAGAACAGAGGAUUGUGGUAUCACAGAGGACACUUACAAAGAAGAUGCCAUUAUCCCAGAUAUACCCUUAGUUCUUCACAGCAAACACCUAUCAUCUGAUCCUUUUAAACAGGUCCAAUCUUCUGAUUUGUCACAGCAAAAUAAAAGCCACAGAAAAGUGAAAACAAGGGAGAAGCGAUUUUUAUGUUCAGAAUGUGGAAAAGGUUUUCCCCAUAGAUUAUCUCUUGUUAUACAUAAGAGAAUUCACACACGGGAGAAGCCAUAUGCAUGUUCAGGCUGCGAGAAAUGUUUUAAAGAUAAGUCAGCUCUUAUUAAACAUGAAAGAAUUCACACGGGGGAGAAGCCAUAUUCAUGUUCAUACUGUGGUAAAUGUUUCAAUGUGGUAUCAAUUCUUGUUAAACAUCAGAGAAUUCACAUGGGAGCAAAGUAUGUUCUAUGUUCAGAAUGUGGGAGAAGUUUUACAGAAAGAUCCGACCUUAUUACACAUGAGAGAAUUCACUCAGGGGCGAAGCCAUUCUCGUGUUUGGAAUGUGGGAAAUGUUUUACCCAAAAAUCAAUUCUUGUUAAACAUCAGAGAAUUCACACGGGGGAGAAGCCUUAUGCAUGUUCAGGCUGCUGGAAAUGUUUUACAGAUAAGUCAGCUCUUAUUAAACAUGAGAGCAUUCACACGGGGGAGAAGCUAUAUUCAUGUUCAUACUGUGGUAAAUGUUUCAAUGUGGUAUCAAUUCUUGUUAAACAUCAAAGAAUUCACACGGGAGCAAAGCCUUUUCUAUGUUCAGAAUGUGGGAGAAGUUUUACAGAAAGAUCCGCCCUUAUUACACAUGAGAGAAUUCACUCAGGGGCAAAGCCAUUCUCGUGUUCGGAAUGUGGGAAAUGUUUUACCCAAAAAUCAACUCUUGUAAAACAUCAGAUAAUUCACACAGGGGAGAAGACAUAUGCAUGUUCAGGCUGCGGGAAAUGUUUUACAGAUAAGUCAGCUCUUAUUAAACAUGAGAGAAUUCACACGGAGGAGAAGCCAUAUUCAUGUUCAUACUGUGGUAAAUGUUUCAAUGUGGUAUCAAUUCUUGUUAAACAUCAGAGAAGUCACACGGGAGCAAAGCCUUUUCUAUGUUCAGAAUGUGGGAGCAGUUUUACAGAAAGAUCCGCCCUUAUUACACAUGAGAGAAGUCACUCAGGGGUGAAUCCUAUCUCGUGUUCGGAAUGUGGGAAAUGUUUUACCCAAAAAUCAACUCUUGUUAAACAUCAGAGAAUUCACACAGGGGUAAGGCCAUUUUCCUGUUCAGAAUGUGGGAAGAGUUUUACUCAGAAAUCAACUCUAGUUAAACAUCAGAAACUUCACACAGGGGAGAAGCCAUUUUCAUGCCAAAAAUGUGGGAAAUGUUUCAAAGAGAAAUCGACACUUGUUAAACAUGAGAGAAAUCACAUAGGCUUGAGGCCAUUUCCAUGUUCAGAAUGUGACAAAUGCUUUAACCAAAAAUCAGAUCUUGAUAGACAUCAGAGAAUUCACACAGGGGAGAAGCCAUUUUCAUGUUCCGAAUGUGGGAAAUGUUAUAGACUUAAGGCAGGUCUUGUGGCUCAUCAGAGGAGUCACACAGGGGAGAAGUAAUUUUGAUGUACCGUAUGUGGAAAGUGUUAAAGUUCACCGUAAAUGCGCAUCGAUGAACUCACACAGGAAGCACAUUUUCGUGCCCAGAUUCUAAUGUGUCAUAAUAGCAGGCUAGCUCUGUACUUUUACAGCAUUCUAAUUAUGUGGAUACUGUCACUGUGCAUACACAAUCAGCAACAAGAUUAUGACUGUAAUAAAAUUAAAAAAAGCUACAACUACAAUCAGAUAAGUCCCAGCAGUUUAACCUCUUAAAUGUCACAGUAAAAAGUGACUGCAGUGUUUGACAGAGGGAAGAUUUGCACCAGGGGCCUAAAAUUUGUAUCUACAGAGGCAUGACCUCAGUGUUCAGUAUAAUUAUGUUUAAUUAACAUUUAUAUGAAACAGUAAAUGCGUUAACCGAUUUGGUUUCGAAUUUUGAGAUCCAGCAGAGUAUCUCAAAACUGGACCAAAACAGUUCAGUUUGAUUUAACACAUCAGGAUGCAUCCGAUCCGUUAGAACACGGUUGUGUUAAAUCAAAAUGGAACAAAACGGAUCCGUCACUAAAAACAAUGUAAGUCACGGGUGAUGGAUACUUUUUAAUUUUUUUUAUAAAGAUCCAAAAAAAAUUUGGUUCCGACACCACUGGCUUACAUUGUUUAUAGUGACAAUCUGGUUUGUUCCAUUUCGAUCACACAAAACCACAGUUUGCAUUGGUUUUGUGUCUGCCAGAACAGGAUGCAUCCUGAAGAGAACAUACCCCAUUCACAAUACAUUGGCCCUAAUUGGAACCCUUUUGGCCUGGUUUUGAGAUCCUCUGCCAGAUCUCAAAACCGGAAUGCCAAAACGCUGAUGUAAAAUUAGCCUUAAAAAGUAUGCAUUUGUAAACACUAUUUCACAUUUAAAAAAAAAUUGGUACUACUACAAUCUUUUAACCACCUGUAGAAUAAAAAUAGCAUAGUUAUAUUGUGCAACAAAAAUACCACAAAAACAUUGCAAGGUUCUCAUUGCUCCAGGUUGUGGUAUAUCAGUAGUAGUAAGUGAGAGGCACUAGACUUGUAUUUUCUUUUGAAGGCAUUUCGUUACUCAUCCGACUGGCUUUCUCAAUAAGAAUGACUUGUACAAAGAAUCUCUGUCAUUAAAUACUAGCGACUCAUGCUACCACUUACUAGUUUUAUCUCCAGUGCAGUUGAUUGCCACAGACAGCUGAUUGGUGGGAUGCUGGAUCAGGACCCCACCAGUUUAAUACUGAUGACGUCUCUGGAGGAUAUUUCAUUGAAGUCUGAAAUGGGUGGGUCUUUAAGGGGUUCAAUACAGUUUAGUGACAUAGUACAAGAUAAAAAUACAAAGUAAAGUCAUAGAAUAGAAAGGGAAAGCAAUACAGAGCACUAAAUGAUCAUUAAAAAUGUCUGCAGAUAGCUCACCUGUAUAUCAACCAUGUGUAUAGAAUAUUUCACAUAAAUGUAUAUCUCAUAAUUUGUG